ACCAGGACGAGUGGGGGAUAAAUGGUAACUUGGCGUCAGCUUUGGGGAAGCAGUGGGGGUUGCUGUGGUCUGUGGUGGAUUAAAGAUUACAAGCCCGAUGCCGAGGGAGCCACUCAGCUCCAGUCGCCUACCACCACGCAGGGAUGAGGGCCCAGGUAGCCAGACCACCCUCCUUUUAUGAUAAAUCAGAAACCCAGGGGCGCCUGGGUGGCUCAGUCAGUUAAGCGUCCGGCUCUUGAUUUUGCCCAGGUCAUGACCUCACAGUUCAUUAGUUCGAGCCCCGCGUCAGGCUCUCUCCCUUUCUCUCUCUGUCCCUCCCCUGCUUUCCCUGUCUCUGUCUCUCUCUCUCUCAAAAUAAAUAAAUUAACAUUUUUUAAAAAGGAAGGAUAAAGAAAUCCAGGCUGUGGGGGUACAGAAUCCCUUGACUUAAAGAUUAGGCUCAUCCAAAAAAUUCACUGGCCAAAAGAAAUCAGCUUUGGGACUGAAUUCAGCCCUUGGCUGGCUGCGUGAUGUAUGUAGCCAGUUUGUGGGCCAGUGUGUAGUUGACGGGCUGCAAGAAGAAAUGAUCAGACUUGCCUCCCAUCACUACCUCCAAACUGGUUGCGUCCAGUCUGCUGUGCCCGUGCCAUGGCACCGGAGAGGCAGACCAGGUAGGUUUCUGUCCCCACUCAGUAGAGAGCACUGGCGAGUGAUCACUGCUGCUUGCAUCCAGGUCUCAUAGCCCAGUGCAGGUCCAUCCCAGGCCCUCCCUGAGCUUCUGCCCUGCACAGUCUCCUUCCUUAUCAUCUGGCUGCUCCAGGGGGAUCACGGGCUGGGAAAAAUGGCACCAGGGUCUGGAGUUGGACGGGAUGGGUACGAAGCCACCUUAGCCGCCGGGGGUAGACCGGUAGCGCCCUCUGAUGGCAUGAAUGUGGGAUCUGGGGACCUGCAGGGACCUCAGCACAUGGGACCUCCUUGCACCUGCCUCUUUUCCGAAGCUCCUCUGUUCCUGUCCCCUCUCUCAUUGUCGUCUGCCUCCACCUUUUGGCAAGUCCUGAGGACAGAGGGAAGCCUUGCCCGCAGUGACCUGCUUGGGCAGCUCAGGGGGAUCAGAGCCAACUCCCUCCUCGCAGACUGCUCAGUCUCUCUGAAUGAGGGUCACUUGGGGCCCCGUCACUUGGCUAGACCUGGGGGGGGCACCUUCCCCCAUCCUCAGGAGGGAAAGAAAGGACUCAGCCCCCUUCCCCAGGCAGAUGGCACUCCCUUCAAACAAAUUCUCCCACUUCAGAGAAUUCUUGAACAUUCGGCUCUGGCUUUGAGGCUGGCUCAGGUAGCAAGGAGGGGCCUCUCGAGGGUUGGAUCCCAUCUACUUAAGACAGGUGCUAGAUGGGCCCCCUGAUGGUCCUUAUUCCCUGGGCUGUAGGGCCUUGGACAGCAGGACCGCUGUUCUCAGAUGGACAUGACCAGGUUUGCGUGUGGAGACAUUGCUCUGGCAUGAGAAAUGAAUGGAUGGAAGUGGCUAGAAGGUGAACGCUGGCUAGGCCUGGCCAGGAGACGGGAGCCCAUCUGGAGCCACGGGGACAAGCAGUGGAGGUGGCAGAAAGGGAAACUGCAGUUCCAUUUGCCCUGGGCUUUUGGGAUCCCAGGGCUUUGUCCAUGGCUCCAAGGCAGUCCCCAGCCCCGGUGGGGCCCCAGAGGGGUAGCCCUCACUCUGGCCCUGCCCAGCCAUCUUUUGCCACUUUCCUAGACCCCUGGUCCUGUCUUUCCAGGUGUGCUGGAUGCUCUGGGUCCCUCCUUCUGGACCCUCCUUCACAAACAGGCACCUGUGAGCCCCUUUGAGGGCCCUGGCACCAGGACGGGUUUCCACUGGGGACCCAGCAAGUCCGCACUUCACAAAGCGCUUGUCCACUUUAUCACCUCACCUGGCUGCAGCUGGGAAGGAGGCAGGACAGGCCCAGUGGUUCCUGUCUGCCCCGAAGCCUUCCCUGCAGAGGAAAUGCCUGGGGUUCCAUGCCAGAUUCCCACCUGUCACCCACGCCCCAUGAGUGACCCCGACAUCCUCUCCCCAACCUCCCCCCGGCCCCGCCAGGCCCAGAGGGCCCAGUGGGGGACUGAAUCCUGUCUAGACACUGUCUGGGAGGAAGGGGAAGGGGCCAGGGAGGUGGUCCUCAGACCCUCGAGGUGGAGCACAUCUAGCUCUGGCCGUGUGGUAGGAGAUGCUGGUCCUGAUGCACCUUCUUGGUGGGAUGCUCUCGGACUUUGAUCUUGCAGUGACCGUGCGACCAUGCCAAGGGCCCUGGCCUCAUCUGCACGGCUUCCUUGGAGUCCCCAGAGCUGGGGCCUGAGUGGUCAGCCCCUCCCCUUCCCUCAUGCUGCACUCCAUGUGUGUUUGCUGCCCCCACUUCCUGUCUGGGCCACCCGUGACCAGCCGGGCGAUAUGACAGUAAUUGUGAAGAACUGACAGUCCUGUAAGGAGAUAGUGUUGGUGGCCACCCCCUGCCCCCUGGCCUGGACAAUUCCACACGCAUGAUCUCAUGAGUUCUCCGCAUGUCUUGUGAGAGGCCCCGAGCAGCAGACAGCUCACCCGAGCUCACCCAGCCAGGAAGUGGCCAGGACAGAUGUACGCCCAGGCCUGACCAACCCUAGAGCCCAUGCUCCUGCCCACCCCGUCCCACAUCUCCUGUUAUCCAGUCUGGUAGGAGGCAGGGUGGUGCCGGGGCCUCCAGGGCCAGCCCUCUGCUGCUCCCAGGACCCCAGCAGGCAUGGCCUUGAUCCUGGUCUCGUUCAAGCCAUAAGCACGAGUGAAGGAGCCUGAGUACCAUCCCUACCCCUGCAGCCAGGCUGCGUGCCUGGUGUAUUACAGGUGUCCUCAAACCCCAGCACGGCUCUCUGCGACAGCCCUAUGACUGUAUUUGCCUUACAGAGGAAGGAACAAGCUCAGAGAGGCCCCCAGCUUGUGAGAGGAGGGUCUGCGCUCGGUGUGCCUGACUCUAAAGCCGGUGCCCCUCACCAUCCCCAGGCGUCCGCUUGGGCCUCCGCGCCCAAGCGGACGCCUGGGCGCGGAGGUCUCUGAGGCCGCUGGACCCCAACUUCACAGCGCCCGGCAGUGUCCCUGGGUGGGUGCAGCGGCCCCCUCUGCAGGCGGUCGCAGAGUGGGGGGAGACAGGAGGGCUGGCCAGUUCCCCACGCUCACCUUUCACAACCCAACCGAUGGUGCCAUGGAGCAGGAAGGCUGAGAAAGAGGCCACAGGAAGCCGUGACGCUGCGUGGGGGGAGGGGGUGGAGGCAGGCCACACAGCAGAGCCUGGGGCCAGAGGGACACAUAGACACCGGGCUCCGGCCAGCGCGCACAAGGCUGGCCAAGGAUGGUGACACCCGGGGCCCUGAGGGUCCUGUUUCUCCUGCUCCUCCUGCUCUGGGCCUCAGGUGAGCAGCUGGUUCCUCAUCCCCUCUUCCCGAGCCCGGGACACUGAGGGAUAGGGGCCGGGGAGGGGGUAUGGUCGGGGUGUCUUGAGCAUGUGUGUCCAAGGAGACCAUUCUGCCAGCCUCUGCACCUUCUCUCACCUCAUCCUGAGUUAGACGUUGUCAUGAUGAACUCGAGUCAGCCUGGGUCUCAGGUGAUCUCCUCCCGCCCCUACUCUGGGCUGUGGUUUCCUGGCGGGCCUGGCUCUGGGACACAACUGGGCCAUGGACACGCUCAUAUCCAGCUGGCCUCUGAGCUCCCGGGGGAGGGGACAGGACGCUCUGGAGGCUGAGGCCAGGUGGGGCUUGCACUGAGCUCCCCCAUGGCUCCCCCUGCCCCCGCCAGCUCUCCUCUCCCUGACCCGGCAAUGGCCUCCUAGUCUCCGGUGAGCCAAGCCGGGAACAAGGCUUUCCGCCCCUCACCCACUAUCAGCCUUGCAUACGUGGUGGUUCUCCUGAGCAGUUUGAGGACCCCAGGUCUUGCCCUUGCUGUACUCUCUCCCAGGAAAUCUGAGCCCACACCUGGCCCACCUGGCCAGCUCUCACCCUCCUUGGCACCCUGUGAUGUCUGCAGUGACCCUCUCAGGCAGAAGGGGUUCUCCUAGCUCAGUGCCCUGUGUGCCCCUCCUGUUCUGUUCUUUAGUGUUGUUACUUUACAAGUUUUUAAAGUUUAUUUUGAGAGGAAGAGAGGGAGAGGCAGAGAGAGAGGAGAGAGAGAGUGCCAAGCAGGCUCCAUGCUGAGAGCGCAGAGCCUGAGGCAGGGGCACACUCCCACAAGAGUGAGAUCAUGGCCUGAGCAGAAAUCAAGAGUUGGACCCUUAAUCAACUGAGUCACCCAGACGCCCCAUUCUCCUGUUUUGCUCCUGACUCAGUGAGUGGCCUGCAUGCCGGUCCCCUUACGUGUCUGUCCAACACGAGGUCAUGUGGCUUUCGUGGGGUCAUGGGGUCACAUGGGGUCAAGCUCUUUGGGCUUCAAAGAACCUUUUUCUCUUCAAUGUUGGGAGAUUCGGCAAAGUGAAAAGUUCAGUCGACUCAAAAAAGGGGGGGAAUGAUGAUGUUGUCCUCCUGGCAGAACAGGCCGUCAGGCAGAAUGCUUCACAGAUUGACCCCCUCCCCGGCCACCACGAUAGCCAGUGGUGGCUAUUGUCCGGUCUCAGCGGGCAUCAUAAGGACCCCGGGCCCUUCACAAAAGUGGUAACUACGCUGGUUGGGGCUUCGAGGCUCCCCACAGUGGUUGGGUUUAUUCUAUGGUCGAUGUGGGAGCUCCCGUUUGGGCAAAGCAUCAGCCAUUUGAAUAGCAUGAGGAGGCCUGAGAGAUUUAUACAUUUAUAUGUAAAGGUAAGUCUCCUUCUUUUGUGGAUAUUUAUGGGUUACUCAGCAUUGUCUGCUCCUUGAUUGAUUCAUUCGAUAAACACUGAUGGUGACUUCUUCGCAGGGCCAGGCCCUGAGCCAACGAGGCUGGGCUGUGGCAGAGAAAAGCAGUCGCCUGAUGCUGAGCUGUAGGGAGGGGCAAAAACCGCCCUCUGACUUCCGGCCUGCUUCCCACUUGACCAUGGAUCGAGGUGGUUCCUGGAGGCCAGCUCCUGGGGCAGAUCAGGAUGGGGAAGUGCAGUGUAUGGAAAAUUCUAGGAUCCUGGAGCAACCGAGAAACGUCUGCCUGGGGCUCAUCAAUGAGGGCAACUAUGAGUCCUUCCACCUGGAGAACACAGCUGGCUGCUUCACAAAAUGCAGGCAGUCAGGGAAUGAACCCUGCGACCUGAAAAACUUACAGAGAUACUGGCUGAAAUACGAGUUCCAUCUGGUGGAGAAUCAGAUGGGGAUAGUGAAUACGUCUUUUUUGAAGGCUGUUGUCCAGAGUGUCAGCACCAACAUCUCAGAAGACCUGCUCUUCUCUCUGACGCCUUCCCAGGUUCCAAGGCCAGUGACAGAGGAGGAGCAUGAGCCCCCCGACAGAGUCCGGCUGCCCCGGAGUCUCUUUGAAUCCCUGCAGGACAGCAGGUCGGUGGUCCGGCUGGCCAUCACGCUCCUGGACAUCGGUCCAGGGAAUCUCUUUAAGGGCCCCAAGCUCAGCCUGGAGGACAGCAGCAGCGUGUUGAACAACCGCCUGGUGGGCUUGAGUUUGGGCAAUAUAUCUGUCAGCAGGCUGGCUGAGCCUUUGGAGAUCACCUUCUCCCACCAGCGCCCACCCUCUAACAUGACCUUCAGCUGUGUAUUCUGGGAUGUGACUAAAGGGUCAACAGGAGACUGGUCUUCCACAGGCUGCUCCACAGAGCUCAGCGCCAAGAGGACUGUCUGUCGCUGUGACCACCUGACCUUCUUCGCUUUGCUGCUGAGGCCGAUCUUGGACCGGGCCACGGUGCAGGCCCUCAUUCGCAUUUCCCAGGCUGGCUGUGGAGCCUCGAUGAUCUUCCUGGCCUUCACUGUUCUCCUGUAUGCUGCCCUGAGCCCCCAGCAGCCCCACUCCCUCCGUCUCAGAGCAAGCCGUGAGUGUGAGCGGUGCCACCCCUGUCCCCAACCAAGCCCCCGCCUGGGACACAGCCCCCAUCCCCAACAAGCUGAGCAUGACCUGCCAGCUGGCCGCGCUGCUGGACCCUGUGAGCCCGGCUUGGAGCGCCAGAAGGAAUCGUCACCAACUCUCGAGGGUGGGCCCUGGCGUCUCAAGUUCUACCGGCAGCGGUUCAAGUCAGAAGAUGCCCCCAAGGUCCACGUGGCCCUGAGCAUUAGCUUGUUUCUCCUGAAUCUAGCCUUCUUCAUCAAUGUGGGGCAUGGCCGUGAGCCAUCAGAUGCCACCUGCUGGGCCCGGGGGGCCAUCUUCCACUAUUUCCUACUCUGUACCUUUACCUGGAUGGGCCUGGAAGCCUUCCACCUCUACCUGCUCGUCAUCAAGGUCUUCAACACCUACUUUGGGCACUAUUUCCUGAAGCUGAGCCUCGUGGGCUGGGGCCUGCCUGCCCUAAUCGUCAUUGGCACCGGGAGCGCCAACAGCUAUGGCCACUAUGCCAUCCGCGACAAGAAGAACAUGGCCACGCUGGAGCUGUGCUGGUUCCGUGAGAAGACCGCCGUCUCUGCCCUCUACGUCACCGUCCAUGGCUACUUCCUUAUCACCUGCCUCUUCAGCGCUGUGGUCCUGGGCCUGGUGGCCUGGAAGAUCUUCACUCUGUCGACUGCCACAGCAGGCAAGGAGCAGGGACCGAACUGGAAGGGAGUGCUCACCGUGCUGGGCCUCUCAAGCCUGGUGGGUGUGACCUGGUGGCUGGCCAUCCUCACGCCCCUGGGCCGAUCCACCGUCUAUGUCUUCGCGCUGUUCAACUCCCUGCAAGGUGUCUUCAUCUUCUGCUGGUUCGCCGUGCUCUACUUCCCCAGCCGGACUGCCGUGGCCUCCUCUUCUGGCACUGCCAGAAUUGACCAGGUCCACACCGCGUCUCAAGAAUAGGGGGCCUCCCUGGGGUCAGGCUGGGAGCCGGCCGCACAUUGUGGACUCGGCUCUGACUCCCUGUGUGAACUCAGGCUGCUCCUUGCCUCCUUCUGGCCUUCAGUUUCUAUGUUUGUACAAUGUGGCUGGGGAAGGGAGGUGAUGGGGGCCAGUUUGGACCACCUGGCCUCAGUGGUUCCGUCCAGAUACUUCUGUGGGUCCUAGAGUCCACAAAUCCAGGAUUGCGAGAGUCUGAAGACCGCUGCCAGCAUAGAGCAGGUGCCCUCACCUGUACCUGUACCUGCACCUCCUGCCUACCGAGCAAAACAGCUCAUCUCUGCCAUUGGCCACCUCUGGUUUUAGUCACAGGGGACUCUGUUAUCAGAAUUGCCCCUUGAAGGAGUCCCAGCCUCUCCUCUUCUCCCUCUUACCACCACCCUCUCACAACCCCACCCUCUGGCUGCCUGUUCUCAGGCACUUGGACAGUUGUGCACUAGAGGUUUGGGUCUAUCUAUGGAUAGAUAAGCAGGAGCCCCUGCCACCGGGGGCCACCCACCCUCCAGCUGUCUGGGGACACCGAAUUUCAGAGAAGGCCACUUACUCAAUAGUGGGUGGGAUACCAUAAGCAGGCUCCCCUCCCCACCCUGACCGCCACACGUGUGGCCUGACCUCUGAUCUGCUGUCAUAGUGGGGUGGAAGGCAGAUGGUCCAGAGCUCCGCACACCUGAGGGCCGAGGGGCAGGGCAGGGGAGAGGGCUGGGCUG